AUGAGACAAUUAUACCAGCUGCCCCUACUGGGGCUCCUAUUGGUGUUCCUUAUUCCGAGCCAACUAUGCAAGAUCUGUGAGGUAAAGAAAGACAAACAAUUCUAUCUAAACUCUCUGUUGAGCACAAUGAACAAUUCAAAGUAUACCAAUGGAGUCCAAACUGCCAAUGUUCUGCUCUCCCUGAGACUUGUUGGGAUCCAGAGUCAAAACCUACAGCAAAAGCUGAUCCAAGAACUCCAAGAAUAUGUGUCAAGGGAAGGUAAUUUAAGUUCUGGACAACUUGCCUGGACUAUAAUGGCUUUGGGAGCAUGUCAUAAUCCUGAUGGCUUUGGGAACAUGGCACAUCUGGUCAAAAUGCUAGAAGAGAAAUUCCAAGAAGAAAUUGAAAAUAUGGGAACACACAAUGGCAAUCCACUUACUAACUUCUACCAGCUCAGCCAGGAUGUUCUGGCCUUGUGUCUGUUCAAUGGAAACUACUCAGUUGCUGAAAUUGCUGAUUUCUUCAAUCCUGAAAAUAAAAACUAUUAUUUUGGUGGUCAGUUCUCAGUAGAUACCGGUGCAAUGGCAGUCCUCGCUCUGACCUGUGUGAAGAGGAGUAAAGUAAACCUAAGCAAAAUAGAUACAAACAUUGCAACAAUUAUCAGUAGUCAUAUAGAGACACUGAUUGAAAAAAUUCUGUCUGAGAAAAAGGACAAUGGUCUCAUUGGAAACAUAUAUAGUACAGGUGAAGCUAUGCAGGCCCUCUUUGUCUCAUCAGACUAUUACCAAGUAAGUGAGUGGAACUGCCAACAGACUCUGAACACAGUCCUCAAGGAAAUCUCUCAGGGAACAUUCAAUGUUCCAACCGCUGCAGCCCAGAUCUUACCUGCCUUGAUGAAAAAGACCUAUUUGGAUGUUAACAAAGACGCUCCUUGUCCAGGUAUAAAACUCAAUGUCUCCAUUCCUGUGUCUGGAUCUGCGGCCCCUACUACCUCCCCCUCAUUUAUCCACGUCCAUUACUCUGUGAAAAUCGUUGAAACAUAUUCUACCAAUGUGACAGUGCUGAAUGGGUCUGUCUUCCUAGAUGUGAUGGAGGAAGCACAGAAACAAAACAAGACUAUAUUUGGCUUCACAAUGAAGGAGACUUCAUGGGGCCCAUACAUCACAUCCGUUCAGGGUCUAAAGGCCAACAGUAAUGACAGAACCUACUGGGAAAUUCUGAGUGGAGGCAUAUCACUGAGUCAAGGAGUUGGUAGUUACGUUGUCCAUGAUGGAGAAUAUUUGGAGAUUCGUUGGAGCAAAUAUUAA